AACACCUCUGAUUAUGAUUCAGUAAAUAAUUAUCGACGAAACAAGAGUUCCUGAAAAGAAAUAGUUUAGUUCCAACUGCAAUCAUGGAUAGAAACUCGAGUGAUAACACUAAUAACAAGGACUCAAUGUUCUCUUUUGGUGGUGUCGAAAGAAGUGAAAGUACAAAAUCUGGGACUGUCUUGAUCAAAGAAGAGAAAGACGAUGAUCAUAGAUGUGGUUGCGGUCCCUGCACUCCAUCGUGGUUACAACGCUUCAAAGGCGUGAAAUUCUUUACUUUCAUAACACUAAUCGGUCUUCUUAGUAAAGUUUAUGCCAGCUCUUACUUUGGUGCUGUGGUCUCCACGUUGGAGCGACAGUUCCAUCUCAAUAGCGCUAAUUCCGGAUUAUUACUUGUUAUUAAUGAUAUUAUGGACUUCACUUUUGUGAUUUUCGUCACUCAUUUUGGCCAUCGUGGUCAUCGUCCACGAUGGGUUGCCACUGGCUUACUGAUGGCCGCUCUCGGUUGUUUUCUAUGCACUAUUCCACAUAUUAUGAUCAAAUAUGUAAGUAAUACUAAUAAUGGCCAGAAUCCUAAAAAUCUUUGCUUACGUAGUCCUAAUCCUGCUGGUCCUAAUCAAGACCUCUAUGAGAAUAUUACCUACAUAGAGAACAUGAUAUCCGCAGGUCAGUUUAACUCAUCUGUGUGGAUUAAUGUAGAUGAGUUUGGCCCAUAUUCAUCUGUGUGGAGUAGUGUGAUGUGGUUAAUGUUGGGGCAAGCUCUGAUAGGAAUUGGUAAUACUCCUCUGAAACCACUCGCUACAACAUACAUUGACGACUCCGUUGAAGAUCACAAGACAGGAUUUUAUGUUGCAAUGCUGUUCCUUGCUACUCCAAUUGGUGCCAUUGCUGGUUACUUUACUAGUUUUAUCUCUCUAAAAUUUUACGUCGACUUUGAUCGUGUACCAUUGACGGAAUGGCCAAGAAUUCCGGAAUCAGAUCCCAGAUGGAUUGGUGCAUGGUGGGUCGGAUUCGCUGUGGCGGCUGUUCUGCUCGGACUCUCGGCACUUCCAUUCUUUUUCUUUCCAAAACAUCCACAUAUCUGUCGAAGAACUUCUAUCAGUGAAAAUCCAAAAUGUAUGAAUGUUAGACAACGUCCACAGAGGAAAAAGAGUGUAAAGGAAUUGAUAAAAGGUUUGCUUCAAGCUUUAAAAAGAAUGUUCACUAAUCCAGCUAUGGUGUUCAUAUGUUUAUCUGCAUCCGCAUCGUCUGCUGCCUAUGCCGUUUCUGGCGCGUUCGGAAUCAAAUAUUUUGUGGACGAGUUUGGCAAGUCAAAUUCAAGCGCGUCGAUGGUUGGAAUAGCUAUUCUACCGAUAUUGAUUAUGGCGUAUAUAGUUGGCGGUUACGUAAUCAAACGAUUUAAGUGGAGCGCGAGGCAAUGUGCCUUAUUUGGUUUGAUAGUGGACGCCCCCAGCUGUCUCAUGUACUUUUUCUUAAUAUUUGUGGGAUGUCCGACCAGUGAUGUAGCCGGUGUGUCUGUACCAUAUAACUUAGAACCAGUUAUUGAUAUGCCUAUAAAUAUUACAGAUGCUUGCAACUAUCAUUGCGAGUGCCCUGAACAGUAUAGUUAUGAUCCAGUUUGUAUCAACAAAAUAACCUAUGUAUCACCGUGUCACGCAGGAUGUACUGUCGUCGUAGAAGAAGGAAGGGGGAAGAAUAAAAUCAAGCAAUAUUCAAACUGUAGUUGCGUUGACCCGGGUGUGGAAGUUGAGAACGGCGCAUGUCCAAUCGACGAAAAGUGUAAUUUUAAUUUUCUUAUAGCAGUGAUAUUAAUUUUGAUAGCACUGGGGACAAGUAGUCUAGGAAGGAGUGCCGAUAUAAUCGUGACAUUGAGGUGUGUUGAGAAACAGGACAGGUCACUUGCGCUUGGUAUCAAGAUAUUUCUGGUUAAUAUUUUAGCGUUUUUCCCUGCGCCUGUUUAUUUUGGCGCUCUUCUGAACUGGUCUUGUUUGGAGUUUGCUUACAAGCCGAAUGGAGAGGAAGGGGCAUGUUUAAUAUACGACAGAACCCGCUAUCGAUAUGUCUAUUAUGGCAUGUAUACAGCGCUACAUCUUUGUGGUCUUUUUUGCUGGUUUAUGGUCUUCCUUACAGUGAAAGAGAAGAAUAAAGGGAGCCAAACUGAAGACGAGGAUACCAAUGGUCAUGAUCACCAAUUGGAAGAAGUGGACAACGGAUACCGAAAUUAAACAACAAAACCAUAACAUUCAAUAGAUCAAUCAAACAUAUUGAGUGUUAUAUAGACUAUUCAGUGGUGAACAUUUACAACUUAUACGUAUAUUUUCGGAAACACUUAUAAAUAUUAGAAACAUCGUUUUAGAACCACAUUAUCAAAUCAAAACCCAUCAGAGACUUCACGAUAACGCGAAGCUGGAGAAUUAUUUCUUACAUGGGCUAUCUUGAGGAGACUUAACAUAAUCUAGAUCUAGGAUACUACCUCAUCAUAGGUUUUUACAUUUGGUGGUUGAAAUAUUAUAUUUUAAAUGAAAUUAAGUGUCCAUUAUUGUGGGACUUGAUUAGUAUAGCAAGGUUUUUAUUUAACUUAUAUAUGAUCCGUUGGAAGAUCCUAAACGUAUAAUGCCUAUGUUUGUGGUGUGUUUUUGUUACCAUCACCAUAAAAACUGCAGUUAUAGUGACGUGUGCACAGACAGGAUUUCUUUGUAACAAUAAAACCAUAACUACUUCAUAA